AUGGGUUCGAAUUUUCACUACACAAUAGAUCUCAACGAAGAUCAAAACCACCAACCGUUUUUCUCUUCUCUUGGAUCUUCCCUGCAUCACAAUCAUGAUCAUCAACAUCUUCCUCCUUUUAAUCCCUCUUUUUCAUCUUCUUUGACUCCACCAUCUCUUUCCUACCUCCCUUUCUUGAUCAACUCUCACCAAGAUCAAGUACAUGUUGGGUACAACAACAACACUUUCCAUGGUUUUCUUGAUCCCCAUCUCUCCCAACCCUUCGAGACCAAGAUGUUUGUAUCUAAUGGUGAAUCAUCAUCAAGCGAUCAAAUGGUGCCAAAGAAAGAGACACGACUCAAAUUGACGAUAAGGAAGAAAGAUAAUCAUCAAGAACAAUUCGAUCUUCCUCAAUAUCCCACAAGAGGCGAGACCGAAACUAAAACGCUCAAGUGGACUUCUUCAAAGGUGAGACUGAUGAAGAAGAAGAAGACUAUGAUCACCACCACCGACAACAACAAACAACACGUUAAUAACGAACAAUCCUUGAACCUACGCAAUCUCGAAGAAAAUCAUCAUGAUCAUCUCAAGAAAAUCUCUACAAAUCAGUACAAUAAUAUUGUCAGCGAGAAUGGUUAUAACGGAAGCAACAAUUGCGUGAUCAGGAUUUGCUCCGAUUGUAACACGACCAAGACUCCUCUUUGGAGAAGCGGCCCGAGAGGUCCCAAGUCUCUUUGUAAUGCGUGUGGAAUAAGACAAAGGAAGGCGAGGCGGGCCGCUGCAGCCGCAGCCGGGACAGCAACCUAUGACGUGUCACCGCCGCUCCUGAAAAAGAAGACGCAAAACAAGAACAAGAGAUCAAAUGGAGACUAUAAUCUAUCUUCUCCUUCGGCUCCAAAGCUAAAGAAAUGUAAGAGGAUGACCACAUCGGCGGAGGAGGCCGUACCGGUGAUGGAGGUCGUCGCAACAACCGGAGAUGUUGAGACUCAAACCAAACCCACGGUGUCACUUUCUUCGACAUCUUCCUCUUCAGACAACUAUUAUUCCGAUGAUCUAGCGAUAAUCUUGAGCAAAAGCUCAGCUUAUCAGCAAGUUUUCCCUCAAGACGAGAAAGAGGCUGCCAUUUUACUAAUGGCUCUAUCUUACGGAAUAAUACUCGGGUGA